ACACAAAAUGAAAGAUUUUCAUAGACAAUGAAAUAGCAAAACAAUAAUGAGUUUAUUCUUAUAUAGUCUUAAAUUGGGAAUCUAAGUUUGGGAGCUGACCAGGCCAAAAUAACAAACAAAUGUUCUUCAUUUUAACCCUCGUUGCCUCAACAUAAUCAUAAAGAAAAGAAUACACAAUACACUAACCUAACUGCCUAACCUAAAGAAGAGUUUACAAUGAACAAAAAUGGUGUCAGACUCCUUGCUUCCCAGUCUCAAUGUUUACAAUAUAUUUACAAAACUAUUUACAAAGUCAAGUGAAGAAAUUGAGAGGGCAAUCCAAAAUCAGUGUCAGAAAACAGGCAAAAGGUUAAAUAAACUCAGCUCAGACAGUCCGUACACACUCUUAACACACAUCAGCUCUCCACUCAGAGCACAAAGAUGUUGUGAUGAUGACAUGCCUUUUAAAGUACUGUGCACCAAUCAGGACAUGGCAUCAAUCAGCCUGCGGGAGCCAAUCAGACGCAAUCCCUGAGCAGACACUCCCAAAACAACACAGAAACAAACCAUAGGGUCCUAACAAUAUAUAUAUACACACACACUACCGUUAAAAAAAAUGGAAUACUUUCAUUCAGCUUCAGCAAGGCUGCACUUGACUGAUAAUAACACAUUUAUAAUGUUUCAAAAGAUUUUUGUAACAAUUUUAAAUAAAUGCGAAAUGUAUCAUGGUUUCCAUAAAAAUAUUAAGCAGCAAAACUGUUUUCAACAUUGAUAAUGAUAAUAAAUAUUUCUUGAGCAGCAAGUCAUCAUAUUAGAAUGAUUUCUGAAGGAUCAUGUGACACUGAAAAUUCAGCUUUGCCAUCAAAGGAAUACAUUUUGUUUUAAAAUGUUUUAAAAUCAAAAACUUUUCAUUUGUAAUAAUAAUUCACACUAUUAUUGUUUUACUGUAUUUUGAUCAAAUAAAUGCAGCCUUGGUGAGCAUAAAAGACUUCUCUCAAAAACAUUAUAUAUUUUGUAUAAAUUAUAAUUAUUAAAAAAUUAACGAAGUAGAAAAAUGUGACAGUGAUAAUAUUGCACUUUGCACAAUUAUUUGUAAGCUGCCAUCUCCUCCAACGUACCGUCAGUGGGUUUUUGACCUACUUUUUGCCUUCAAACUUGAAAAGAUUAAAUUUGAAGUUAGAAUGAAACCCAAUCUUUUCAUAAAAUCUUGGAGCCCAAAUUUAACUCCAAAUUUAAUCUUUAGGAGCCAGUUGUUCUAAAGUUUUAAUCUGGAUCAGAAUGAAUCAGAAUUUUUAGAAAACCCAUGUUUUGCUAUCCAGGAUCAGGUAAUCCAUCUAACUUUUGUGCUGGUUUUUCAAAGCAAAAUUGGAUUGUAUCACCCAUUAUCUUGCUUUUGUCCGUUGUUGACGUUGUAGGUGGUUUGUCGAUGGACUGCACAAAAAGAAAAGACUCAAAUGUUUGUGCAAUCCCACUACCAAUAGAAGAAGAUCUACAGCUUAGGGACUUCUAGCGCUGAGCCCCUGUCCUCUAAAUCAUCCUCACAACAGAGGAGAAAGUGCUGAAGAUCAACAACCCAUUAACACUUCUAACCCCUCUCAGCUGCUCCGAGCUUCUCAACAAAUCUGCCUUUUGGGAACAAAGAAAAAGUAAUAAUUAAAACAAUCAAAAAUCAUAAAAAAGAUUUAAAAGGGCUGAAAUGAAAAUCUAUUUCUGACAUGUUUUAGAUGUAUCGAGCUGUAGGGCUGGACUGGCUCGAUUCAGUGGACAGUUGUGACCCAGCCUCCCUCUCAUGUUACGGCCCUAUUUAUAACAUCUCCCACCCCUCCUUCAGUCCCAGCCCAUUGCCCAAAAGCCCGGCCACUGUUAGGAAGCACCUUUCCCUCUCAGCUGGGCCGCAGUCUGCGCUAGACUGUCAACUAAGAUUCAGCUCUCAUCAUCAUCAUCAGCUGCUGCUGUUUAGCCGCGCUGCCUGGCAACUCUCGCUCGCGACGUGCAUGGGAUUAUCACACACACACACGUGUACUGACACACUUUUUUCCUUUUCCACUUUUUUCCUCCAAGGAGAGAUUGCGAGAGAAGUGAGAAGCAAAGGAGCGUUUUGUGUUUCUGGUGCUUUUAAUUAAUCUUUUCAUCUUUUGGAAGUUUUGCUCUUGUGGUUUCUGUUUCGCUAGCGACCGGUUUCGUGCAUGCGAUGGAUCACACGCUGUUCGGCUGUUUGCGCAGCCCUCACGCCCCUCCGCAGGCCCUGCACCCCGCCUUCGCCCUUCACGGACGCUCCGAGCACCUCUCCACGUACCCUGACCUCUCCACCUCCUCUCCUUCUUCUACCUGCAUCGUGAGCGGUUAUCCAGGUGAGGAUGGGGGACUGUUUGGGGGGCAUGGGCACCAGCGAGGGCCACACAUGUCCCAGCAGCAUCAUCAUCAUCAUCAUCUACCCCAACCGCAGCAGACCGGAUGGCACAUACCGCAGACGGCCAGCGCCUCACCAGCAAGCGCCCGUCUAGGACUGGGCAUCUCGGCCCCUGAUUCAGGCUCUUCAGACAUGGGCCCCGGGGGCCCCAGUCUCUGCGCGAGCACCCCGAGCCUCGGCGGAGGGGUGCCCUCAGGUGCCUCUUGUGUUCCCGGAGGGGAUUUCGGACGUCAUACGAUGUCGCCAGCCGAGGCUGAGAAAAGGAAUGGCAAACGAAGAAGCGACAGCUCUGAGUCCCAAGAUGGGAAUUACAAAUCGGAUGUGAGCAGCAAGCCAAGGAAGGAGCGGACAGCAUUCACCAAAGAGCAAAUUCGAGAACUGGAGGCAGAAUUCGCCCAUCACAACUAUUUGACCAGACUGAGGCGGUACGAAAUCGCCGUAAACCUGGAUCUCACGGAAAGGCAGGUAAAAGUGUGGUUUCAGAACAGGCGGAUGAAGUGGAAGCGAGUUAAAGGAGGCCAACAGGGGGCGGUAGCAAGAGAAAAAGAGCUUGUGAAUGUGAAAAAGGGAACGUUGCUUCCCUCCGAGUUUUCGGGUAUUGCUGGACUCCACCAUACGCCAGACUCACUUAUCAACAACGAGGACAGCCACGACAGCGACCAGAGCUCUGAGCACGCUCACUUAUGAUACUCUCAGUGCUUAUCUGGGGUCAUGUUCAGUUAGGGAUUAUGUUAAAUACGGGCUUAAAGUACAGACUGAAAGUACACAAAGACUGCACAGCAGAUGAUAUGUGCCAAUGAGGAGGCACCGCACCACGACGCCUUUCAGGACAGUUCCUGUGACGCCUCAAAGUAGUGACAAUGCUUGCUCAAUAUGUAAAAAUGUACACAGGACUGAUAUAUUGUUGUGAUGAGCAGAAUAUUUGUGAUACUUUGGCAUCAAUAUUCACAAAGAAAAGGUGCCUUGCUAGUUUGACGGAAAUGUUUACACGUUUGAAAAUGCCGUUAAAUGCAGUAAAGGUGCUGUAAGCAAUUUCAAAAUCCUCCCUGUCAGAAAAGCCAAAGUGUUUUACAGAGCCUAGGGACUUCUGUCAGGUCAUAUGGAUAUGUUUUGCAUGCUAUUCCUUAAAAUAAUCGCUUACAGCACCUUUAAAGUACCCUUCCACUGCUGUUUUACUUGAAAGAUAGAAUAGCAGAAUUAAAGGGAUAGUUCACCCUCAAGCAUCCUAGGUGUAUAUGACUUUCUUCUUUCAGCCGAACACAAUCAGAGUUAUAUUAAAAAAUAUCCUGGCUCUUCCCAACUUUUAAUGGGAUUAAAUGGCGCAGGAAAUUUUUGAAGUUUCAAAAA